GAGUGGCUCGCCCAGUUUCAGGACCCUGCUCUGUGCGCGUCGUGCCCCGUUUUCGGGCGCGAGGUCUAUGCGGGCCUUUUCAAAUACGUGGACGAUCUGGCGUACUUUUUGCUACUCCAGGAGGGGGCACUUUCCGAGGCCGUCGCCGCAGCGCGCGACGCCCAGACUAAGCUCGGCAAUGCCCUGGCUGCGUAUGGAUACAAGCAAAACACGUCGAAACAAGUUUUGGUCCCCCGCCUUUGUGGAUACAAGGCCACUCGCCAGUUUUAUGCGGCGGAGGUCGGUGGGGCCCGCGUGGCCCCGCACACCAGGUACUUGGGACCGCAGUUUUUGCCCUCUGGCGCCUUUUCCCAUCAGCUGGCACUGAGUAAAGUAGCGGCCGACAGGGGGUGGAUGUCUUUCAAGUAUUUGUGGACCUCGGGGGCCCCGUUUAAGGUGAAGAGGCUAGUAUUCAUAUCCGUGGUGCAAG